UACUUCCUGUAGCUAACACACUCUGUCCGUUAGCUAUAAUCAAUACAGUGUAUUGAUACCGCAGGAGGGAACCAGUAGAACCAAUGUGUGUCGGUAAACUGGUUUAACUGGUUCCGGACGUUUCACCGCAGCAGCGUUUCCUGUUAGCGGAGAAUGCUAAACGAAGCUAACACGGAGCUAAUGACGUUAGCUUAGCUCGCUAUCCGGAAGUAGACGCGGAGAGAGUGUCACCGGAGAGAGUUACCGGAGAGAGUCACCGGAGAGAGAGAGUCACCGGAGAGAGUUACCGGAGAGAGAGAGUCACCGGAGAGUGUCACCGGAGAGAGAGAGUCACCGGAGAGAGAGUUACCGGAGAGAGUCACCGGAGAGAGAGAGUUACCGGAGAGAGAGAGUCACCGGAGAGAGAGAGUUACCGGGGAGCUGUAGGUUAUCGAACAUGAACUCGAUCCAGAUGUUGAGGUGUUCGGUGAACCGGAGGCUGACGGUGGCCGCUGAGGAAACUCUGCAGCUGUUCGAGAGGACGAUAACGGAGUACGAGCAGGAAGUGUUCCGGUUAACGGCGGAGAACGAGCGACUGCAGCAGCUGCUGGACGCAGACGUCCGGCAGCCGUCCAUGAAUAAAGAAGUUGUUCCCUCCGAGCAGCAGGAGAUGAACCCCUGUCUGGACCAGGAGGACUCACCAGAGCCACCGGACAUUAAAGAGGAACCGGAGGAACCAGAGACUAAUGACAUUAAGUUCAUAUUCCCUGCGGUCCCUGUGAAGACUGAAGAAGAUGAAGAGAAACCUCCUCCCUCGCUGCUUCGUCACAGCCAGGCUGAGCAGGAGACAGCAGCUGAUGGAGAGGACCUCGGAGGACCACAACCAGCCGGGAACUUGGCUCCAGGUCAGGAUUUACCAGCUGAGACUGAUGAUCGGAGGAGGAGCGGGAAACCUCCGUCGGGUUUAAAGCUUCAGAAAAACAACAGCGGAUGUAAAGCUGUGAAGAAAACCUUCGGCUGCUCUGAGUGCGGGAAACAGCUGAGCAGGAACUCCUACCUGAAGACGCACAUGAGGAUCCACACCGGAGAGAAACCGUUCAGUUGCUCAGUUUGCGGUAAAGGAUUCAGACAGAAGAUAUCAAUGACACACCACAUGGUUCUCCACACCGGGGAGAAACCGUACGGCUGCACUGUGUGUGGAAAAAGCUUCACGUGGCAGUCGCAGCUCCGAACCCAUCCGUGUGCGGGGCGCCGGUCCUCGCCACGUCCGACUGGACAGAAGGAGAACGCAGAGGAAACAGGAACCGGAGAGGACUGCGCUGCUCACGAGGAGACGUCACCUGAGACUGACGACCGCCGGGAGCACACGAAACCGCAGCCAGGAGCGAAAUCCUUCGGUUGCUCGGUUUGUGGGAAAAGUUACCACCGGAAGGACUCGCUAACGGCGCACAUGAUGCUUCACUCAGAGAGGAAAUGUUUCAGCUGCUCCGUUUGUAAAAAGUCUUUCCACUGGAAGCUGGACGUGGAGCGGCACAUGAAAAUCCACACGGGGGAGAAACCCUUCUGUUGCUCCUUCUGCGACGCAAAAUUCACACGCAGCUCGACUCUGAGGUCGCACCUGAGAGGUCACACGGGAGAGAAACCGUUCACGUGCUCCGUGUGCGGCACAGGGUUCGCUCUGAGGAACACGCUGGCCCAGCACAUGAGGACGCACACCGGGGAGAAACCGUUUGCUUGUCCACUUUGUGAUAAAACCUUCACACAGAAGACACAUCUGAGACAGCACUGGAGGACCCACACGGGGGAGAAACCCUUCAGUUGUGACAUCUGCGAUAAAUCCUUCACUUGGCUCUCGAGUUUGAAGAACCACAAGUGUGUCAGCGACAGCGUAAACGAAGCUGAGGGAACGCCAUCGGCUCCAAUGAGUUUGAUAACUGUGACACUCAAAGACUAAACGAAGGCGCUCAUCUGGAUUCUGACAGACGACAACGGUGGAAGUUAAAAUAUUAAAGUUUCUGUCUUCCUGUGUGAAAUCAUUUACAGAGGGAGCAAACAACAAGAUGCUAAUAAUUAAUAAAUUACUUGUAAUAAUUUAAUUUAAUAUAUUUAAAUCCUUCCUUUAGCAGCAAUACUUCCUCGUUCUGUUUGUUUGUCCCGCUCUGUCUGUCUGUCUGAAUCCACGUCUGAGUGCAGCAGAAGUUCUUUUAACUCCAGUUUUAUUUUUCUAACGAGGGAAGGACGAUGUAAAGAUUUUAAUACGUUGAUAUUAAGCCAAAUACUGAACGGUGAUACCACAUUUUACCACUAGGUGUCCCAGUUGAACACAAAUUCCUGCGAAUGUUUCACAAUAAAAGUCUUGUUAAGACAUUAAGGGCUUCUGUCUGCUGGAACUUUACAGAGCUUUACUGUACUGUACUAGCUUGCUAGCUACCUCGCUAACACCAGGAUCCUGGAAAACCUGGAAGUUUAGAAACCAGUUUUCCAGUCACCUGGAAAAUGAUUAAAAUGACCAAAGAUCCUGGAAAUAAUCUCUGUUGUCCUGGAAAAUGCAUUAAUGUAUCAGACUGAGGUCACACAGUGAAGUUAAUGUGUCGUUAAAGCUUUCACUGUCUACAAGAUGAGUUUCUGUAAAAUAAGUUUUAUUGUUUUAUGAAGAAGAGAAAACCGAAUCAGCGUAACAGCUGCCAGCAGAUACAUAAACAUUCAUUUGUAACCCGACAGUAAAGGUUGUGUGACGGUUGUCAGUCGGUUGUGUUCAGGGUUUAUUGUGUAUGAUGUAUUUCACACACUGGUUAUCAGCUGCAGGUGGAGACGCACUCAUUUCCCAUAAUGCCUGCUGCUGCUGGAGGUUGUUGGUGUUUAAAUGUGACGGGUUCUCUGACGUCGGUUCAGUCGUAUGAAAUGAAUCUGCUUUAAUCUCCGUGUUGUUUUCUGGGAGAUUCACUGGUUUAAUACAGUGUUUUAUUUAUGGGUUAUUUAUGUCGUCUGUUCGGCACUGUGGGAAAUAUUUGUUGAUGAAAUUAGAAAUGAAAUGACUUCCUCUAAAUAAAAGAAUUGAUUUCUCAUUGAA